CCUUCAAUCCCGAUAUUGAAAGCUGCUCACGCGCAUCUCAAAAUCAUCCAUCUUGCAGGAGAAGUUCCUGCAGGUUCUCUUGCGCCAUGAUGCAGAAUGCAGACAUACUGGGGGCAGGCAGUGGGGGGCCAAGGUGAGCAGCCACACUCCGACGGGGAGCCAGUCCUGCCCACCAUCCCACCUGGGCUUGAACUCCUCAACUCAGCUGCCAAACAAAUCCCAGUGCGGGGGUGUGGUGAAUAUUUCAUCUAUUCCAUCCUCGGGAGCCGCUUACCUUGCCUUCCUUUUUCUAGGGGUGUGGUGGUGUGGGCGCACAGCAGCCAUCCCACAUCAACCAGGACCCUGGGCGGGCCAAAAAGCGGUGACAGGCGCAAAAGAAAUCCCCACUCAGGCUUCACCGCAUACCCACUUGGUAGGCCACAACUGGGUCCAACUGGAACCACUCCAGAGACCACACUUCAGCACUGCAUCUGGCGCUUGUCCAGGAUUAGCUGGCCUGGGUGGGCCAACCCCUCCAAUUUUCUUGCCAGUCACCUCACUUUUGACCAUCGUGAGCGCUACUUUCACGAGGGGUUUGUCUCUCUCAUUAUCAUUUUCCUUUUGGGCUGGAUACGCGAACCCGCUGGUCGGACAGUUGCACAUUUUCUUUUGGAGCGGGAGAAGGGCAGAAGGACACACACGACGGUAUCCAUCUGGUCCCAUCUACGGCAGUUGAAAGGAUUUUCAAAAGACGACACCAACCACACCGCCCCGGACGCUGUUGCUGCAUACAAUACAUCAUUCAAGACCACAGCCAUACCAUGCCCCCGCAACAAAGGUGACAUUCAGACAAAAACCAGAGACAUCGUUUUUUUUCCUGAAAGCAAGGACGAAAGCAGACACGCGAUGCCCAACCUCUCACCCCCCAACACCCUCCCCCUCGCUCAGCUCCUCACCACCUUCCUCUCCUCUUUCACCGACCUCUACCACACGCUCCUCGCAUCCCUCCAAAAGCGCUUCAAUCCCCACGCCGCCCUCGCCGGAGAUGAGGAUCACCUCCUAAACGGCAUCUGGUUCUUUCUUUUGUUAUUGGAGGCCCUGAUCGUGCUCGGGGUGCUGUUGCAGGCUGUCGUAAGAGGAUUGAAGUGGAGGAUCAAAAGGAGGAAGGCGAUGGUGAUGAGCCGGCCGGGGAGUUCAUAUCAGUGGGAGGGGCGGGGUGGUAGUGGGCAGGGGUGGAUGGUGCCGUCUACACCGUCGAGGGAGAAGGGUUUUGUGAGGAGGGAUAGUAAUGCUAGGUGGGAGCAGGAUGGGUGGUGGCAAGAGGGGGAAGGGCACGGGCUUGAGAGGGAUUAUGGUGUUGGCGGGCACGACAAGGGGUAUUGA